AUGCGCCUCCAGAUGGAUCACAACAAAAGUCUGACUCCGCUUCUCUCUCAUUGCCUUCUCUCUCAUUGCCUUCUCUCUCAUUGCCUUCUCUCUCAUUGCCUUCUCUCUCGUUGCCUUCUCCCUCAUUGCCUUCUCCCUCAUUUUCUUCUCCUUGACAUACCGCUCUCAUACCUCCUCUCUGCCCUCCCAUACCUCCUCUCUGCCCUCCCAUACCUCCUCUCUGCCCUCCCAUACCUCCUCUCUGCCCUCUCAUACCUCCUCUCCUCUCUUCUCCGCACACCCUCUCCCUUGUCCUCUGCAGCAGCUCACUUGAUGAAAGCAGCGUAUGGGGACGACACAGUGACAAGCAUCACUCACCACAUGACCCACCGUAGCAUGCUGAAGGACUUGCAUGCAUCUGGACAAGAGAAGGUUCCAGAAGGUGACUCCAUGGGGGGAUCAGCACUCAACAAGGUCACUGCGAGGGUUCUGCUGGAUACCCCCACUUCCGGCACCCCCGUUGACCGCACCGGCACCCCCGUUGACAGCUUCGGCACCCCAGACGGCACUGGCGGCGGCAACCUCGCUGACGGUGGCGGCAGCCUCUUUGAUAGCAAUCCCAGCCCCGCUCGCAGCAUCCUGAAUCUGGGUUCGGAACUGCAGUUCGCCACAACCGUGGCUGUCGGCAAGGCUCGGCUGAGCUUCGGCAGCCAGCGCUGCGUGAGCGUGCCGAAGAAGGCGCGGGGGAAGGGCGCGCAGGUGUGGUGGAACGGCCGCGGAGGCUCGGGCGGCGCAGGUUCGAGCAGCGCGGCAGCAGGUUUCGCGUGCUCGCAGGUCAAGUUCUUUGGGAAGGACGGCUGUCAGGGCGCCGCGCUUGAUAGGAUGGUCAACCCGGGGGCUGCUGCAGCUAAGUUCCCAAGCACCAAGAAGAACCUCCGCAAACGGGCGUCCGUGGCUUCGGUCCUCUCUGCACCAACGCUCCUUGCCAUCCCUGUCACGCGCCUCAAAAGUCAUCUCUUGUGCUUCCUCUUGCCACGCCACGCCCUGCAGGUGGCAAAUGCGUGGUGGAUGAGACAGGCGAGCGCUACUGCCAGUGGGCCGGGUGGCAAAUGCGUGGUGGAUGAGACAGGCGAGCGCUACUGCCAGUGGGGUGAUUCCCCUCUCGCCCCACUCUCUAAUUCCCCUCUCGCCCCGCUCCCUCACUCCCCUCUCGCCCCGCUCUCUCCUCUCCCCCACUCGCCCCACUGUUUGCUUCACCAUUCUCGCUUUGUUAAGUUUGGCCAACCUGCCACCGUUACCGCAUACAGCGCCACGUUCAUCGUGAAUCGAACCGCUCCCCUUCUCGCCCCACUCCCUCCCCUCCACCCAAUGCUUCCUUUCUUGUGCCGCUCUUUCUCAGGCCAACCUGCCACCGUUACCGCAUACAGCGCCACGUUCAUCGUGAAUCGAAACGCGGAUGACAACUCCUCUCGGCCAUACACCUUCCGCCUCAACCUGAACGGCUGCACUCAAUACCCGGAUGCAGUAGCAGGGAGAUUCACCGCAGCGUAUAUUGUUGACAAUAUUGAUGAUGCUCCGAGGUGCCCCUCCUUCAAUCUCUACUCGACGGAUAACUGUGAAGACGACAGGGAUUAUCAGGACAAGUCAGAAUCUAGUGACCCUUUUGCUGCAGGAUAUGCUCUGGACAUGCUACCUAUGCCUUACCGCUCCGCAUGGUGCACGGAGUAG